AUGGAACGCUCCUACCAGAUCCUCGUAGCGGUAUUGGCCAUUGCGGCAUACGGUUUCUACAGACUGCUAUCCAUUGGUAGCAGACCGAAGGAUUUCCCGCCAGGACCACCAACCAUUCCAAUCCUCGGUAACAUACAUCUCAUGCCCGCACGCGAUGCUCAUCUACAGUAUGGCGACAUAUACUCUUUGAUGCUUGGCACCAAAACCCUUGUCGUGCUUUCCAGUGAUGAGGCCGUGAAAGACCUUUUGGACAAGCUUGUACAUUGGUCAAGAUCUCUGUCCGACGGCUUGCGCCUGCUUAUGAUGACCUAUGGCCCGACUUGGCGAAAUAUCCGCAAAAUGGUCCAUCUUUUGCUGAACCUCAACGUCGCCCCGAGCUAUGUGCCAUACCAGAUGCUGGAGAAUCAACAGAUGCUGAACGAUCUGCUGGACACCCCUGACGACUUCUUGAAGCAUAUUGGACGCUACUCUAACGCUUUGACGACCUCGAUGGUAUUUGGAUGGCGGACUCCCACUUAUGAGGACAAGAACAUCCAACAGCUUUUCGAUGGUUUCGCCGAAUUUGCUGAGAUCAACCAGACUGGCACAGCUGCCCUGAUCGACUUCUUUGCUGUACUGAGACGUCUUCCUGAUUGGAUCCUGUCCACACAGAAAAAGGCAAAAGACUUGCACAAAGCGGAACGAAAAUUUUAUCUUGGCCACUGGCUACGAGCAAAGCAAGAGGUUGAGGACGGUACCAUCAAACACUGUUUUUGUGUUGGCAUGGCCGAAGCACAAAAGAAGGGGGGCUUUAGUGAUGCCCAAGCUGCAUAUAUCUCAGGAACACUUCUUGAGGCCGGCUCAGACACCACCUCGAGCACGCUGUACGCCUUCAUGCAAGCCAUGCUACUCUAUCCAGAAGUACAGAGGUAUGCUCAACAAGAGAUCGAUAAGAUCGUCGGCGACUCAAGACUACCGACCAUGGAAGACCAGCCCAACCUACCAAUCGCGACAAUGGUGAUGAAGGAGACUCUCAGAUGGUGUCCCACGACCAUUCUCGGCGCAGUCCCUCACGCUACCAGCAACGACGAUACCUACAAAGGGUACUUCAUACCUAAAGGCACAGGAGUAAUGAACAACGUCUGGGCCAUCAACAACAACCCGAAGCGUGCCCCUAAUCCUCGCAAGUUCGACCCAAUGCGCUACAAAGAUGAUCACCUCAAUCUCUACGACUCUGCCUCCAACCCAGACGGCACGAAGCGUGAUCAGUUCACUUUCGGUGCCGGACGUCGAAUUUGUCCUGGCAUGCACGUCGCCGAGCGCAGUCUGUUCUUGGGCAUCUCACGCAUUCUAUGGGCUUUCAACGUAUCGCCAGCAGAAGGAGCGGAUGGCCAGCCGAUCAUCCCCGACCAAGAGAAGCUGACGCAGGGCUUUGUGUGCAUGCCUGAGCCGUUUGAGGCCAAGAUCAGACCAAGGUCGCAACAGCGGGCUGAGAUUGUGAGGAGGGAGUGGAAGCAAGCUGAGGGCGAGCUUUUGGACCCGCAGACCAAGCAGUACAUACGCUCGCCGCUGUAG